GCUCUUUCUCUCCUCGGUCAUUAAACUGAGCAUCUGAUCAGGUGUUGAUUUUUUUUUUUUUUUAUCUGGGAGUGUGAUCAAUAACAUCGCUGACGUCAUUCCACAUCCUUUUUCUGGGGGAAGUCGCUGAAGGGAGAGAAAAAAACUGCUGAUCAGCCAAUCUGCAGCUCCACUGUCUCUCUGCGGGUUUUGUUUCCCUCCAUCCCUCUCUACUGCUCCCCUCUUCACCUCCUCCUCUGCUCCUCUUCUUCUCCUCCGCUCCGCAGCAGCGAUGCUCCCGCCGGGCCUGGCCGGUCUCGGAGCUCUGUCCGCGGGCUGGAAGUAGAUCUGCAGGUCGGUGCGGGUCGCGUCUCUCCGUCAUGGUGCAGAAAUCCCGGAACGGCGGGGUGUUCCCCGGAGCUCAGGCCGACCAGAAGAAGCUAAAGGUCGGCUUUGUGGGGUUGGAGGCCGGGGGAACAGAGUCCAGCCGGGACGGAGCUUUGCUCAUAGCAGGUGGGGAGGAGGGGCCUCGGCGUCAACGCAGCAGCGUCUCAGGAGGAAAGAAACCUCCGAAGAGAAACGCCCUCUACAGGCGUCUGCAGAACUUCCUGUAUAACGUGCUGGAGAGGCCGCGAGGAUGGGCCUUCAUCUACCACGCAUACGUGUUCCUGCUGGUGUUCUCCUGUCUGGUUCUGUCUGUGUUCUCCACCAUCAAAGAGUACGAGAAGAGUUCAGAGGACGCUCUGUACAUCCUGGAAGUGGUGACCAUCGUGGUGUUUGGGGUGGAGUACAUGGUGAGGAUCUGGGCCGCAGGAUGUUGUUGUCGGUACAGAGGAUGGAGAGGACGACUCAAGUUCGCCAGGAAGCCUUUCUGUGUCAUCGACAUCAUGGUGUUGAUUGCGUCAAUCUCAGUGUUGGCUGCGGGUACUCAGGGGAACGUCUUUGCCACCUCGGCCAUCAGGUCGCUUCGUUUCCUCCAGAUUCUGAGGAUGAUCCGGAUGGACCGCCGGGGGGGGACAUGGAAGCUGCUUGGGUCAGUCGUCUACGCCCACAGCAAGGAGCUGAUCACCGCCUGGUACAUCGGCUUCCUGUGUCUCAUUCUUGCCAGUUUCCUCGUUUAUUUGGCAGAAAAGGAGGACAAUGAACAAUUUGAGACUUAUGCAGAUGCCCUCUGGUGGGGACUGAUCACCUUAACAACCAUUGGGUAUGGAGACAAGUUCCCCAUCACCUGGAACGGACGUCUGCUGGCAGCCACCUUCACACUGAUCGGAGUUUCAUUCUUCGCUCUGCCUGCUGGGAUCUUGGGUUCUGGCUUUGCUCUGAAGGUUCAGGAGCAGCACAGACAGAAACACUUUGAGAAAAGGAGGAACCCAGCAGCUGGACUCAUACAGGCGGCGUGGAGGGUUUAUGCCACAAAUCUGGCCCGAACUGAUCUCAACUCAACCUGGGAUUAUUACGAGAGGACCGUCUCUGUCCCCAUGUACAGGUUGAUCCCGCCUCUCAAUCAGCUGGAUUUGUUGAGGAACCUGAAGAACAAAUCUGGACUGUCAUUCAGGAAGGACGCCCAGCCUGAACCAUCCCCCAGUCAGAAGGUCAGUCUGAAAGAGAGGGUCUUCUCAUCUCCUCGGAGUUCAGGAACCAAAGGGAAAGGCUCCCCUCAGCACGUGGUUCCCGCAGCUGUCCCUGCUGGUACUCCAUCCGUGGGUCCCAGUCAAGGAGUUCCUGGGAGCAUGGGGGGCGUACAGGCCUUGCGGCGGUCCCCCAGCAUGGAGCCAAGUCUCGAGGACAGUCCCAGCAAGGUACCAAAGAGUUGGAGCUUUGGAGAACGGAGCAGAACCAGACAGGCCUUCAGGAUCCGAGGAGCAGCUUCACGCCAAAACUCUGAAGUGCUGAUAGAGAUGCAGGAUGAAGAGUUCAAACAGAAGGGCUCCCCAGAUGCCAGCCUACCUGGUGAAGACCUGGUUGACGACAACAAGAGCUGCCACUGUGAGUUCGUCCCUCAGGAUCUGACCCCGGGGUUAAAGGUCACCAUCAGAGCCAUCUGUAUUAUGCGUUUCAUGGUGUCAAAGAGGAAGUUUAAAGAAAGCCUUCGUCCCUAUGAUGUCAUGGACGUGAUUGAACAGUAUUCAGCUGGACACCUGGACAUGCUGGCUCGUAUCAAGAACCUGCAGUCAAGGGUGGAUCAGAUAGUUGGCAGAGGAACACCAAUAGCAGACAAAGACCGUCCCAAAGCAGCCAAUGAGGAGCUUCCAGAGGACCCGAGCAUGAUGGGACGACUGGGGAAGGUGGAGAAGCAGGUCCUGUCUAUGGAAAGGAAGUUGGACUUCCUUGUUAACAUCUACAUCCAGCGGAUGGGAAUUCCUCAGGCUGAGACUGAUGCCUACUUUGGAUCCAAGGAGCCGGAUCCGGCCCCACCCUACCACAGUCCAGUGAAUCAGCUGGAGAAGAGCCAGUCCAUCUCCAAGAUCAUGCAGGUGUUGCCUGGUGAACACGUUGAAAAGAGUUGCAGCAUGACAAAGAUGGUCCGCUCCAGCAGCUCUACUGGACACAGGAACUACAACACCCCUACCUGUCCACCCUCCACCUCCUGGCAGCCAAUCAGCUCUCAGCUAUGCCAACAGGCUCCUCAUCCUCCCCAGCGAAGUCAUGGUAACACCCCGAGUCCAGUGGGGGAUGGGUCUCUUGUACGACUCCCACCUCCUCCGGCCGGAGAGAGGCACAGCGGGAAUAGAUCAAACCGGCACAGCACAGGAGACCGAGGGGGAGGAGAAAGGGGAGGAGAAGGGGCCAAUGGAACUGCAGGAGGAGGUGUAGAGGAGGUGAAGCCGGACAGCGAGACCUCCAUCUCCAUCCCAUCUGUAGACCAUGAGGAGCUUGAGCACUCCUUCAGUGGCUUUUCCAUCUCUCAGUCCAGAGAGAACCUGGACUUUCUCAACAACAGCUUCUACUCAUCUUCUGCCAACAUGGGAGACCACAGAGGAGGAGGAGGAGGAGGAGGAGGAGGAGGAGGAGGAGGAGGAGGAGGAGGAGGAGGAGGAGGAGGAGGUGUUGCCCGCUGUGCCACUGUGCGGCCCUUCAUUGCAGAGGGGGAGUCAGACUCUGACUCAGAGCUCUGUGCUCCCUCACCUCACACCGAUCGGGCCUGGACUGGAACCCAGUAGAGAGUGAGCCAGAACAGAACCAGCAAAACACGAUAAUUAUAAUGUGAUUUAAAAAACUACGAAACUGGGGAGAGAAUCAGGUACUAGAUGACUGAUGGAGAUUUAAACACCAGCCGAGGUUAUGGACUGAAGCAUCAUGGGGACUGUGGGAAGAGACAAAGCAGUGGAUGGAAUUCACACUGUUUUUAUUCAUGUGAAAGUUUGAACAUGCACAGCAAAUGUUUGUCUUCACUGUCACUGACUCGCUCACUGCUUGGACAUGCUCAUCUGUGACGAGUCCUCCACAACGUCUGCUCACCUCUGACUGCUGAGAUAUAACAUCUGACUGGUCGACUUCAACACCAUGCUCACCUGUGACAGGUCCACAUCAGGGACCAUGUGACACUUGACCGGUCCAGUGCAGCUUUACAGCUUGUUUGUUGAUUCAAUGUUAAAGAAGAAAGCAACUGCUUCACAUAACCACGGCAAACUCUUUACAUGUUACAUUAUGUUUUUAAAAGUUAACACAAAGCAUCAUAACAACAACAUGAAGAGUAGACUGCCAAUCGCAGAGCAAACAUGUAGAGUUUUUGUCUGUAUAUUCUGUCAAGCGUUAAAACACUGUAAGAUAAAAAACUGGAACUUUAUCAGGCAACGUACUGAGGGAGGAUUUUAUGAAGAAUGGACUGUGGUCGCCAAUAUCAUGAAGGUUUGUGUCUCAUUUGCCCUCACUCUCUGCUCUAUCUCAAGGUUUGAUUCACAAAGCAGUUUGCUCCAGUUUUACAUUUUUAUUUACAGAGUGGAGAUGAGCUGCCUCAUCUCCACUCUGUGCUGCGCAGAGCUGUACUGCGCGCUGUCAUCUUAUAAGGGCACUGAAUUCUAUCCACACGUGAUGUCGAAUGUAAGGAGAAACUUCUCACCAAUUUAUUGUGGUGUCAAUCUUUAACAGUGACACAGAUUAAAAUGUCACUGUUUAUAACCAGCUUUCUUCCCAGAGCGAGCUAGCCAAAAGCAGCUAAUCCAGAUUUAACAAAAACACCCAAACACUCAGCCUUGUGUAACAGCACAGCACAUAUGUGCACAAGUUGAGCCUGUAACAUCAACAGACUUUAUGCACAUGUAUAUUAUUUCUAGUUAUCCAGAGUUUGAGAUAUUGUUUUGAUCACUGAAAAGUUUGAGUGUAAUAACACUGAUACUCAGUUACCACCAGCUCCCAACAGACGGUACAUUUUUCACUUUAACUGCGUGAGGUUGUUAGAGCCAGUGUUUGUGAAUGAGGUGUUAUUUGCAGUGAGGAUCAUUUGAAAAGAAAAGGGUCUACUUUUCUUCAAAUGAAUGUGUAUUAGCUCAUUCAAAUUUAUGCAAAUGACACUGGUGAACAAUUUGUGGAGCAUUAACCCUUUGCAUGCUUUGUGAAUUAGACGUUGUCUUUUGGGCUCAAAUGCACACGAUAAGAAGUCGCAGAAGCUGCGCAAUCUUUUUGUGAAUCAAGUCCUAAGCUUUCAGAAAGGGAGACAGCAGAGGAAAAGGGUGUGAUGUUUUUACCCCACCUGACCUCUUCUUGAAAUUGUAUUUGGGGACUGGAAGGAAAAGUUUAGAUGAAGCCUGGAUGAAGAAAAUAUCUGCUUGUGCUUACACGUGCAGCAUAGAGCAACAGCAGGGACAGGGCUCAAAGCAGGAGCCCAUAGAUGGGCGCAGACUAAACCAAAUACCUGCAUCACUUUUUUUUUAGAAAAUAAAUUAUAUAUAGAGGCUUUUUUGACCAGGUAGAGUCAAGCUGAAGGCUAAUUUGAUUUCUGUUGCUAACACGUGUGAUUAAAAAUGUCACUAUGACUCCGACUUAAACCGGUUGUGACGGAUUGUCUUGCUAUUUUAUUCCUCAUUAAUCCUAGUGUUAGAGGUAUGGGCUAGUUGGCUGCUGCUCUAACGUAUUUUAUUUUGUUUUUCAACAGUAUAUUUCACUUUUACAGAGAUAAAUCUUUCAGAGUGAGUACCUACUUAUGGCUAUGGUUGUCUCAGGUAAAUCUCCCCAACCCCUUAAACUACAGAUCAGGACAUAGCCAUUGACCUUAGCUGUAGUGCUGACAGCACCUCAGACUAUCCCCAACACAGUGGUUGUUUUUAUCCCAAACGAGUAUUAUAUGUACGUUACCUGUUACCCCACAAAGUAGUGUAGUUAGCUUAGCUUCAAGCUUUGGUAAAAUUGAUUUACAACGUAGGUAGUUAGCUUGUUGACACGAAAUGCUAAUAUUGAUACACAGUUGAUUUUAUUCAAAUCACUUAGCUGUCAAGUACACACUUACUCACUAUAUAUUAUCCCUCUUUUUACCCAGCUACAAGCUAAAAACAAAGAUGUUUUGUUGAUUUAAAAAUGUUUUAUUUGUAAAGCUUAAAAAGAUAUUCCCUCUGAUUCCUCGGCCCGUAACGCCUCCAGCGACAGAUUCUUAUCAGCCUCCUUGUGGGACGAAUUAGCAUUACACCAACAUUUAAUAUCACACUAAAGAUCAAACCUGAUCCUGCUUAUUUAUUGUAAUCCACAUUAAAGAGAACAUUUCCAUUGAAGGUAACAUUAGACGAGGUGACCGAGACUUCUGAAGGAAUAUUGAUAUUGACAUUUCUGUCCUCAUUCAGCUCUCCUCCUUCUUUUUAAUGUUGAAUCACCUUUAAACAUAGAUGCUGCCGUUGUCUGGAUCACAGGACAGGAUGCUGCUCCACUUUUCCCUUUCAGAGAUGGUUGGGGUCCAGUAGCUCCUCAGGCGGCUCUGAGUUGGUUGAGUGGUUUAUUAAGGUUGGUUCGUGUUUGUUUUCUAUCCGAUAUCUUGUACAAUUCAGCAUACAGCAACAGGAAUGUAAACAACACAAUAAAGAGUCUGCUGACCAAAAAAAGAAGCAGAUCUGUCGAGCAGGACGGAGUAGGGAGUAUCAGAGUCACUUCAGGAAACUCAAAUACGACAAACUUACCAAAAUAAUCGUCUCAAUCUCAGCCUGAGGUCUUUACUUCUGUCUUUACUAAACGUUUAAUGUGUUCGACCAGCAUUGAAGCUAAGUGUUAUGUUUGUGCUGAACAGGUCAUUAUUGUUAAGCCCCACCCACAGAAUCCACCAAUAUGAGGUUAAAGGUGAAACUUAAUGAAGAUGAUUAGUUUGUGCGUUACUGUUAAAUGAGCUGUGUGUGCGUCUAAUGAGCUGAUCUUCUUAUCAUCAAUGUGUGAUGAUCCGAUCCGAGCUGUUUGAGGAACUGAUGACCUGUUAACUUUUUUUAACACAAUCAUUUGAACAAAAUCGCUCAUCUACUGUCUCUAUGGUGUUAUGUUUCAUCUGUCCAUCCACAUGUCCAACAUUCAGACCCAUCCUGGAAUGAUGUCUGAAUAACUUCUGAUCACACGCGCCGCUCUCUGUCCGUUCACACAAAAAUUUAGUUGCAUUCGCUUCAAAAUGUUUUAAAUGUGUUUGAGAAAAUCGGUACGACUACAUCUUAUUUCUGUGUCACACAAACUGUAUCUGUCCAUAACGUUGCCUGUUGAUUGUAUUUAAAUAUUGAUUAAAGAUCUUUAACCAGAA